UUAACAGGUUUAUUAUAUGCCAUUUUUCUCACGUUGAAUAUCACGGGGCACAUCAAAAUCAACCUGAGCACUCUGUCAUCUGUCUAGACUGUAGCUUGAAAAGGGUAUAAUGAGAUUUGAUUUAGAAAAAACUGUGAUACAUUUGAAGCAUUCUUUGUAAAUUUAUUUGAACGUCCCAAAAGUCGAAACAACCUUUGAAACCGUUCCUUUAUUCCUUGAUAACGAUAAAGCCAGAUUUGAGGAGAGGGCAUCUUUUUAAUUCAUAUUGAAAACUUUCUUUUUAAAUUUCUUUUUCAAAUUUGUUUGAAAGUCUGAAAAGUCGAAACAAGCUUUAAAGUCUUCCUUUGUUUAGAAUAAAAACAUAAAUGGCUCAUCGGACCUUUAGAUUCUGUUCAAUUAACUCAUUAAUCAAAGAAAUAAAUUUCUCCUGAUUGUUUAGCACCUAGACACUUAGCGAUUCAUGUAAUCAGAUCCCGCCUGUAGGUCGUCUCUUCGAAAGCUUUUUUUACCUGUAAAUAUUUCCUGUAAGCAGCAAGUGUGAAUCAUUUUUAUUCUCGAGACAACAGCAUGAAGGUGCGGUUCGUCCGCCUCGCUAUGGUUUUAUUGGGCGUGACCAGCGUUGCCAUAUUGUAUGUCCUCACAAAAGACAAGCCCAUGUUCGUUAAUCGAGUAAAAGUGAAAAACUUCGGACUACGUCCUGGCGGCCCAGUCGUAACAGAGCGAUGGUUCGUGCCCAAUAUCACAACAGAAAUGUAUAUUCUAUCUGCAUACUAUGACGAUAGACUUACUAUUGAUCCGAAAACCAGGCCCGCUAUUCGCAUUAUAGGAAUGGCAGACAAAAAUAAAGUUGAAAAGGAAAAGUUCUCUUGCAUUGUGACUUAUGAAGGAAUAAAAAGUCCUAUUUUGCAGACAAUAACAGUAACCGAUAUCGGCCGCGGGGGUAGUCGUCACGGGAAACAUUUUCGGGAGUACAUAUUUGUGUGUGCGCCUUUAAAAUUUACCUCCAAAAAAGCUAUUUUCGUCUCCGUCGUUGAUCAAACUUAUUUGAAACAAUACAAUUGGGAAUCUCAUAAGCAAGUGUGCAUUCCUGUACGGUAUCCUAGCAACGAGAAUAAAGUGGACUUUGGAAGUUGCGUCAGUAUCACCUACUGGACGUUCGAUCCUUAUAGAAUAGUGGAGUGGGUGGAGCUUCACAAACUCUGGGGAGUGAAGGAAAUCAAUAUUUACGGCAGCAUGGUGAAUCAAACCACAGAGAGGGUCUUCUUAUACUAUCACCAGCAGGGGGUCUUAACUUACACGAGGGUACCCCGGCCCAUGACGGAGGACGGAGAAAUCAUGUUUCAUCUAAUGGCUACCCCUGUGCUUAAUGACUGUAUGUAUAAGAACAUGUACAGAUAUGGAAAAAUCGUCAUCACAGAUUUAGACGAAAUGAUAGUUCCUCGUGGAAAUAUGAUGACUUAUUCUGAACUUAUAGACGCCAUCGAAAAGGAGACGAAGCCAAGGCAUCCACAUCGCAUGUAUAACUUCAGAAAUGUGUAUUACUUUUCUGAACUACCACAGAAUACGUCAGAGCCACAAGUCACGUUAACGUUACGUCAGACCUACCAUUUGAGAGAACUAACGCCAGUUGGGACGUCAACUAAAAGUAUCAUUGAUCCAAUGGCUUGCAGAAAUGUACAUAAUCAUUACUGCUGGAAAAUUGCAGAAAAGCUGGAAAAAACCCGCCAUUCUGUUCAAGUGCACGAAAAGUUUGGAAUGAAUCAACACUACAAAAAAUGUCAUUUUGACAAAUAUGCCACUGCGUAUCAUCUGCCUCCUUGUAAAGAAGCUCUGAAGAAUUAUACCUUUGAUCCCACCAUGUUAAAAUUUAAGACAUAUCUUUUACGCAAUAUAGCAAAGCCUCUCAAAGAUCUGCAGCUGGUUGAAAGGAACCUCCCAUCAAUCUAAGAUACAUCGUGAUUUUUAUAUUCAGACCUCUUUCAAAUCUGGAGCUUUUAUAAGGAAAGCUGCCUUCGUGCCAAUUACUUUUAAUAUUUUAUAAUUCGCGGCGUAAAUCAAUAUAGUGGCAGAUAUCAGAAACUUGUGUUACUGUGUUUCAUUGAUCGAAAAAAAAAAUCUUUUUGAAUCUUAUCAAACAUUAUCGUUACACGCUAAAACACGUACUGAAUGCAUUUAUGUAUCAGCUACAAUUUAUUCCACAGUAAUUUUCUUGUGACACAAAUUUGAAAAGAUAUGCUGUAAACUAAAUUUGUUCUGUAAUUUAAAAGAAAAAACUGAUUUUCAUCCCCUGCUUCUUGCGGAUACGACAGAAAGGGGAGUUCAGGUACAAGAAACAUUUUUGAGUGUGUCUAUAUGCACAAAAGCUUUUUUUUCUUGGGGAGUAGAACGAUAUCCAUACGUUAGCACUUCUGUUGACUAUUUUGAUCUGUGCCUGUACGCUGCUUUUUUAUAUUAGGGUAGGGUAAAUCAAAUUUUCAAUUUAAAUCAAAGUUUUCCUUGAAGUAAAAUUGAUACUGAACAAAAAUCUAACAUUUAAUUAUUUAAACAACAACCAUAUAGGUCGGUAAUUUGACAAUUUUUAUAAAUGGCAGACAAAUAGCCUUCCUAGAGUUUCAUCAACAACAAAGGCACUAUAGCUUGCCAUAGGUCUUUACUUAUGUUUUAGAGCUUGCAGGAUCCGUUUUUGAUGUUACAGGGGCGGA